UCAAACAGUAUUGUUGACACUUCUUAGGAAGAUGUGAGCUUUCUAUUCCAUAUUAAACCGGGUCUUCAAAUAGAUUCCAAAGAUUCUGAGUAAAGCCGUAUGCGCAUGUGUCAUUUCUCAUUUCAAAGAUUCCAGUUUCUAAUCAUCCCAAAACUGAGAAAUGCUUCGUUUUUCCUCCUGUCUAACCAAACCCACUUCAAUUUCAAACUCAGGAUUCAAUCUUUUAUACUAUAUUCACCAACCCAGAUUCUCCGUUUUCCAUAUUACAUCACCCAAUAAGAAGCUCACUCCAUCUCUCAAAAUCAAAAUCCCCCCCUCACUCAUUCUCAGGUGCUCUAUUUCUCAUUCUGAUAAACUAAGCAAUAACAAUUUUAUCAGAAAGAAUAAACCUCAAGAAACCCUAAAAAAGGACAAAAAGAGUUUCUGGGGUGCUGUCAGUUUAAUUAUUGGAACUGCAGUAGGUCCUGGAAUGCUAGGUUUGCCUGCUGCAACAAUUAGGUCAGGUUCAUUUCCAUCAAGCAUUGUCAUUUUUCUUUCCUGGGUUUAUGUUCUCUCUUCUAUUAUUCUUGUUGCUGAACUCAGCUUUGCUGCCAUGCAAGAAGAUGGGGUUGCAGAGGUAAGCUUUACUAGUCUUGCAACUAAAGCAUUAGGACGUCGUUUUGGUGCUUUAGUGGCUGUCGUUUAUGCUAGCUUGAGUUUUUCUCUGUUAGUAGCUUGUGUUUCAGGUAUUGGUUCAAUAAUGUCCCAAUGGUUUCCAAGGAUGAAUCUCGUAUUGGCUAAUGCAUUUUUUCCGCUUGCCAUUGGGAUUGCAAUUACGUUCUUUCCGUUCAAGGUUAUCGAUACGACAAACCGUUUUUUAUGCUUGCUCAUGCUUUUAUCAAUAACUGCACUAGUAUGCAUUGGGCUAUUUGUGGCUAGAACAAAUGUAUUGGGUUCCUUUACUCAAUCUUCAUGGAGUAUUUCAUCAAUUUUGCCUGCUAUACCUGUAACUGUACUCACAUUAGGUUUUCAUGUCAUCACCCCUUUUAUAUGUAAGAUAGCUGGAAACAGUGUUUCUGAAGCUAGAAAGGCAAUACUAAUUGGUGGAGCUGUUCCUUUAAUUAUGGUUUUAUCAUGGAAUUUGAUUGUUUUAGGGCUUUCUGGGACUAACAGAGUUGCCUCUUUCAUUGACCCUAUCUCCCUUUUGCUUUCUGUCAAUCCUUCUGCUUUACCUGCUGUUCAGGGUUUUGCAUUUUCUGCUCUGGCAACUAGCUUGAUAGGAUAUGCUAUUAGUUUUCCGAAACAGCUUCUUGAUACUUUGUAUUUGCUAUUGAUGAAAAUGAAUUCUGAAGAGCAAUUUAGCUCUGGGUCUCAAAUACUUGUAAAUGGAGAUGGAACUGGAAGAGUUGGAUUAGUGAUUUUUUUUGGUGGGUAUGAUGGUGGAAAUGCAGGGAGAGCAUUAUUUGGCGGGUCAAAUUAUUCUGCUGCCUUGGAAGAUAAACUGCCAUCAAGCAUGGCUGAAUCCGAUCCAUUCCAUCGAACGCUCGUAACAAUGCUAGUACUCAGUAUUCCUAUUCUAAUUGGAUCUUUCUUUCCCUCAACCUUUUCGAAAGCCCUUGAUUUUGCUGGAGUUUAUGCAAAUUGUUUCCUGUUUGGUAUGCUUCCUCCUCUAAUGGCAUAUGUACAGCAAUCCAGGAAGAAGCUCAGGUCAUCCAUUCUGCUGGGAGGUGAUAUCACACUUCUGUUACUUUUUGGUAUUGCUUCUAUCUUGGGGAUUUGGCAUUAGAUGGUUGGCAGAAGAACAAAUUCCUCUUCAUAAAUCAGAGUGGCAUUGACAACUUCUUCCAUGUGAUGAAUAUCUUCUGACUAGGGCACAUUUUUUGACUUAAUGGUUUUGAAAAGUAUUUUACCACCGGGUUAAUUCAACAGGGACAAUAACUUGAUGUCAAAAUACUAUUAUUGACAUACUGUUAUUUUGAUAUUAUAAAUAUCUGCUUCAAUAUCA